GAAAGCAAAAGCGAAGCAGGCGGGUGCAAGCGAGAGAGAGCAGAGAUGUAUCGGCGAGCUAUCCUCCGCGCGCCCACACGCUCUGGACCGGAUUAUUACUACGGAAUGUAAAGAGCGCAAAAACCUUCUAUGACCUUGACAACUAUGUCCGUGAUUGGGUCGAGACGAGGAAAAAGCAGCGCCGAGGCCCAAUUUUAUGUUCAGCUACUGUGAUGGCGGGGUGGAGAGCGGCCGUCGCUCUUUGGCUGCUGCUGCUUUUUGCCGGCGUCUCUUCAGCCUCGCAAGAGGCCACGGCCGCCUUGACAUUGAUCCACGACAUCGCGACGCAAAACACGGGCGCCUUGUGCUCCGAGCAGCGCUUCCAACUGCUGCCCCUGGCCGUGGCAAACGCAUCCCUGCGGUUUGACGCCACCAGGCAGAAGGUCGAUCUGAUCGCCACGCUCCUCCAGGAUGUUGGACUUAUUAAUAGAUCAACCUUGCUGGAAGCGAUGGUGCGCAACCUGCUGUCGCAAGGCAGCAUGUCCACGCUGUCUGCUCGCAUCAUUGUGCUCAACAUGACGUCCAACUCGGUCAUGCUGUCGAAAGCACAGUCGCGGAAUAUAGAGCUGAAGCAGCAGCCAACGGAGGACUCACGUUUCUGGCCAACGCAAAUUCCCUGGAUGCCCAGGAUGACCGAGUCGGAGCCGAUGCAGGCACCGCGCUUCAUGCCGCCUGUUGCAACCCUGAGCAAGCACCAGGGCCGCUGGACGGUUCCCUAUUACUCGUGCGGCGCCCAACGCUGGCUCAUGUCCUACACGGCCGUCGUCAGGUCCAAGACCGUCAAUGCUCGCGGCUUGAUCAGCAUCGACGUUGACUUGUCUAACCUGGAUGUCAACCAGUGCGAGCCGAACGCAACUGCAGAGCUGCUGACGCCGUUUCAGGGCACGCACAAGUGCCAUCGACCAACGAGCACGUGCGAAGCCAUCUCAGGGCGCGGCUGGGUCAGGGGUGCGUACAGGUGUCAUUGUCUUCCGGGAUAUUAUUCGAGAAAGCCACUCCAACCCAUAUUCAACGGCACCCUUGUUGAACAAGCGUGGGAGGAGCUGGAAGAAAACAGGAGCAACAACUAUAGACAUUUUUACCAGUGUCAAAGGUGCGCUCCAGGCUGCAGUACGUGCUCGGGUCCUGAGCUCUGUCUCGCAGAGUACAACUGGCCAUUCAGGAUCGCCCUCCUGACAAUUAGCUGUGCUUGCGUUGUGUCAACUCUUCUCCUCAUCUGCUACGUGACACAACACAGGAAACUGAAGGUGUUCAAAGUGGCCAGCCCUAUCUUUCUCUCUAUCACCCUUUUGGGCUGUGCCAUCAUGUACUUAGAGAUGGCUGCAAUAUUUCCCGUGCUGGACGUGUACUCGUGCAUAGCGACUAAGUGGACGCGCCACCUGGGCUUCUGCGUCACUUACACUGCUCUUUUAAUGAAAACCUGGAGGGUGUCCCUCACCUACAGGGUCAAGUCUGCCCACAAAGUGAAGUUGACCGACAAGCAGUUGCUGCAGUGGAUGUUCCCCAUUCUUCUGGUCAUGCUCAUCUACCUGGGCACUUGGACCCUGAGCGCCGCUCCGAUUGGAGAAGACAUCUAUGACCACUCUGGUCUCCGUUUCAAACAGUGCACAUACAACUGGUGGGACCACAGCCUUGCUAUAGGCGAAGUUUUGUUCCUGGCGUGGGGCAUCCGUGUAUGCUACAAUGUGCGCAACGCUGAGUCUCUGUUCAACGAGGCGCGUCUCAUCACCUACGCCAUAUACAACAUAGCCGCCGUCAACAUUGCCAUGGUCGCCUUUCAUCUGCUCAUAUUUCCAAGAGCUGGACCAGACAUCAAGUAUCUUCUUGGCUUUGUCCGAACGCAGCUUGGCACAACCACCACCGUCGCGCUUGUUUUUGGGCCAAAGAUAUUUCGAGUGUUACGGGGCCAAGGAGACCAGUACGACAGUCGAGCUCGUGCCAGAGGAGUGACGGCGUCGUUCUCUCUAAAUGGCAUUGGUUUGGUCCCAGAGGAGCCACCAGACUUGUAUCAAGAAAAUGAAGAGUUGAAGGAGGAAGUGCAAAAGCUUGCGGCGCAGAUCGAGUUCAUGCGAAUCGUGCACAUGGAGAUCAACAACCGGCACCUCAAGCCGAAGCCAGGUGGCUACUUCAGUGGGGGCGGCAACAAGGGAGGCGGCGGCGCCCACCGCUCAGCCGAACCAAGUGACGUGUCGACCUCUGGCCAGGCGACUGACGGCGGAGGUGGCGGCGCGGAAAGACUCUGACUAGUCAUCAAUAGUGAGGAGGUUUGGCUGUGAGUCAUUAUCAAACACGAUGGCGUACAACUGCUGCUGGUAUACAACAUUUGGAUCGAACGCCCAUCUUUAGGAAGUCUGUUUCUGCUUCAAUUUCCAUUCUUAGAGCUUCUAGGCUUCCAGGCUGGUUCACACUUAAGUUUUAUUUCCCUCUUGGUAGGAUCUCUGUUUGGUUCACUCUCUUUAUUAGAGAAUGGAUGGUGCGCUGGUUUCAAUCUAUCAUACUGUGACUGUCCUCACUAUCUGUUACUGUAUGGUAUUUGCCAGGGGGAUUUUUUCUGGUUGAAUUAAAAAAUAGACUUAAAGAGGGGCACUGGUUGUAACCAAUAUUGGUACGCCCAAUAUAAGGUGUUUUUAGAGUGUCCGUUGAGUGCACAAAAUGUGUGAAAAUUGUUCACCAGUAAAUACGGGUAAAAAUUGGAAGACCCUCUGCUUUUACCAUUGGUUAGAGGAAUGUUGAGCUGUUUUCUUAAACGGUAGUCUCUCUGCAAGUUCUUGGCACUAAAUGAUAUUAAAUUAAACCUAUCAGAGGUCUCAAUCAGCUGUGAAAUUUUCCUUUUCGAUUGCAGUGGUCGGGCAUUUAAACUGGUAGGUGGAGUUUUUAAAAGUGCCAAAUUUUUUGUGCCGCGCGCACUUAACAAUUAUUCACAAAUUUAAACCAGUAGCUUGCGUGGUUGGCUCACCAUACUAUGCUAUCUGAUAUUCAACAACUGGCUGGCUAAGACCUCUUAUUACUACAAAAGUGUCCAGAACGGUCAGCGCACCAGAGAGAAAAUGUUAAUAUUAUUAUUUUUUGUGAUGGGGCCUGGAAGCGUCGCAGAUUUUUCUAAAUUUGGUCUAGCUAGUAUAUUUCAGUGCAAGCUCCACUCUGCUGGAUGGCUUGGUAUAAUGUGUUGCGGUCAAAUCUUUUCACUAUUGAGUCUCGACUUGUUUCACCUCUGCUCUUCACGAGCUGAGUUCUAAUAUUUAAAGGUGUGCUUACCGUGUUGUUGGUCGAUGUGUCACUGUCUCGUAGGUUUUGGCUUUAGGACGGCUGGAGCCUUACAGAAAAGUGUCUUUUUGUCUUUUAGAAGUUUAUCAGUCGCGAACCAAGUGCAUUUAAUUGUUCCGCCUCUUUGAUUAGUUGAUACAUACUAUAUAUACGUUUGUGAUAUUACUGCCAUUGCUAGAUUUAAAACUAUGACUGCCUUUGUUUAUUUUUUUUUUUUGUUUUAAUAUAAUUUUUACUGGUGAACCAUCUAGAACAUAAAUUGGGAAUUUUGGUCAGAUUGUGUGCGAAAGUUGUUAUUUAACAGGUGAAUUCUGGGAGAAGUUUUGAACUGCUUUUUAGUUGAGCGAAAAAGUCCAGUAAUAUUUAUACACUAAUUUCAGCGAAUGUUUUUAGCACACAAAAGGCUGUUCAAACAAGAUAAAUAGUAGUUAUAGAGCACAUCGACUGACUAAAAUAACCAAUAUACAUUUUUUUCGUCGUGUUUAGUUGAACUGUUUUUUGCGAAGCAGUAGCGUUUAAUUAAGUUAAGUCACAUUUUAAAAUAUGAACGUUGGCAAAUUAUUUCAAAAACAAAACUCCACGACUUAAAAUUAGCAUGCGCGUCCUGUCGGUAUGCCAACUUGAUCUUUUAGGCUGAACUGCAAACCUUUUAAGCAUCCUUCCCUUAAUUAAGAGAUUUAAAAAUAUCUGGUACAAACUACUCUCGAUCGUUUAGAGCAUAAACUACAUACAUAUUUAGAGUAUGGCGCCAUGUUAACUUUUGACUCAAAGAAGCAAGAAAAUAUCCAGCGAUGUGUUCUUCUGUUGAAAAGACCAAGAGUAUACUUAUUUAUGUAAAAUAAAUUAACUGUAAGCAACCUCCUGAAAAUGAUCUCACGUCGCGCGCAUCAAGAAAAGACAGUUUUCUGUACGUUUUAUGUUUCAAUCAUAAAUAUGUGGUUGUUGUUACUGUUGUAUGACUGUAAGAAGAGCAAAAUGUAGUCUAAACCUGUUGGAUAUAUCUAAACGGUGUACGGCGAUUGAUGUUAACAUGUUAAUUGUUCGAUUUUCCGCACAUCAGAGUGCAUCUAUUGAAAUUUGUUGCGCGUACUACUCCUUAUUGAGUUCGCCAUAAAAAUAUUAAAUGGAAAAUACAAAUCCACAGGUAGAAAUUAAGUGUGUACGAUACAAUUUUUUUUUCGAGUAAACAAUACCAGCAUGGGAAGAGGAGGAAAUCGACAAUAUAUAAUAUCCAUAAUAUCAAUUACAAGCGUUGCAACCAAAGGUCAGAUAGUAGAUAAAACGGUUUUAGGGAGAGGGCAUGUUUCGAAGAUGUCAAUUGCGAGAGACACUUUAGCGGAAAUUUCUGGAAAUGCUUGCGCUGCGCACUCACAAUAAAUCAGUGAGGCUGAAUGUCUUCCUCUGCUGUCCAGGUUAAGAGAUAGUCCUAUGAAAGUUGAAGUUUGUUCGCGAUCACAAAAGGUUUUCAUAAAUGGGGAUUUUAAAAAGAAAACAUUCGAAACCGACUGAACAGACACGUUUGGCCUUUUGAACAUAAUUAUUACGAAGCAUUUAUGUAAAACUGCGUUUCAUUUAUAGAAAGAAGAUCUGAUAAUUUUUAUGCGUCUGGCACGUAUUUUUUAACCUUUUUAAGACCCAAAGCAACAACUAACUGCAAUAAGGCAGACGAUUUGUUCGACGCACUGUUGGCAAAAUUACAAAUAAUAACAUGACAUGUGUUGUUAACAAGAUAGUGUGAGUAGCCUCUAAAGUGCAAUAAAAAUUGCUGUAUUGUCACAAA